AGUAGUUAAUUAAGGAAAGUCGUAGAAAAAUGAAACAAAAAACAUUUUAAUAAUUUCAUUACAUAAUUUGCGGGUCUUACGAAAGAAGAAAGAACGAAGGAGAAAAGAAAGUAAAAAAACGAAGAACUAGAAUAAAAAUAUAUUCCACAUAUCCAUUUAUAAAGGAAAAAUUGUUGCUUUUUCUGUGAACGAAACCAAAAUAGCUGUUAGUGCUUUUUGUAUCAAAAGAAUGAAAAGUUAAAAGGAUAUAAGAGAGAGUCUUUCAAGAGACAAAAAGAAUAAGUUAGUGUCAAGUACUGACAUUAGAUUCACAUUCAAAUGUAUUUUUGAUAUCCUAGUGUUGUGUGACUGAAUUUUUGAGAUAUGAAAAUUUUAUAAGAAAGUGAAAUUUCAUGGCAUAUAAAAGAAGGUUCCAGGAUACUUAUAAGUGUGAAAAACUUAUGAUUUUUUGUUUGCAUUGUUGUUUGAAGUAGAAUAAAGAGUGACAAAAAAAACAAGAGCGAGAAGAUUAAGUUAUAAUGUGAACAAUUAAAAAAUUAUGACGUUCCUUUCACUAACCGUGAAUUGGUUUAUUUCUUCAUUAAUCAGGUGUCAAUAUCAUGCUCACAGAGCAAAUUAGUGGAAGAAACAAUAACAAAAGUGCAACAGUACAGCAAAAUACUACGCACACAUCGCCCAAUAUUUGUUGGUUCAAUAAAAUAAUAUCUUUUCAAAAUAACUUGGGAGCUAAUGAGUAUCGUAAGGAUCGAAGGAUUAAUGGACUUCAGCUACCAUUACAUCCACUUCAACUUGUCGGGUGGAUUACGUUGAUUGCAUUUGUACUAACAGCAUAUAUAGUAAUUAUACCAGCAUUUCAUGUAAACGUUAGACUGCCACUGUAUGUAACUAUAAGCUUUUUACUAGUCAUUCAUGUUCUUACACACAUAGCUGCAUUAAUAAUUGAUCCUGCAGAUGCUGAACUGAGAAAAAUAAGCACACGGAAAGUAGUGCCUGAAUUCGAUCGUUCAAAGCAUUCACAUGUUAUCGAAAAUGGCAGGUGUCAUUUGUGUAAUAUCAAGACAAGUAGUCCACGAACAAAGCAUUGUUCCGUCUGUAAUAAGUGUGUACAAACAUUCGAUCAUCAUUGCAAAUAUUUAAAUAGCUGCGUUAGUAAAACAAGAAACUAUGUGCCAUUUUUAAUGUGCGUGGUAAGUGCUGUUGCGGCUGUUUUGGUCAUUUUGGCCGCAGCUUUGGCUCAAAUCAUAUUAUUUUAUGUGAAUCCUGGUUGGUUAAAUUUAUGGGAGAAUUCAACUGUUAUUGAUGACGCAUCGACAUUAUCGACUAAGAAUAACGAAGAUGAUUUUAUAACGCAAAUUAACCAAUUUAUAAACGAUACAAUGUUAAACGAGACAAUUUUGAUGGACACAAAUUCAACGCUUACGAAUUCAUCGAAGGAUGGAAUUGGAAUUGGCCUUUACAAUACAAUAUUCUUAGUAAUACUCGGUAUUAUUGCAAUCUUAGCAGCUGUUACAGCGGGUCUCCUCCUACAUCUAUUCUUUUUUCAUGUAUACAUUUGUUAUCUUGGGCUCACAACCUACGAAUACAUUAGAAAUCAUCGUCAGACAAUUACGGAAACAGCAACAAAUACGAAUGUUAAUGGUCCCGCCACUCAACCUAAAAACAAAAUUUUCGCCAAAGAAAUCUAUUUCUGCUCAAAAAUAAAACCAUCUGAAACACGACACCGUCCCAAAAAAUUACAUUGUUGUGAAGAUCUUAAUGAGAAUAUGUCCAAUAAUACAAAAUCGAGUUCAGUUGACAAUAGUACGACAGACAGUGUAGCACAGCAAGCGUUUUAUGUGUGUACUGUCUUGGAAGAAACUACAACGACAUUGACGAGUACAAAUGAAAUUAAUCCUCAAGUAUCAAAUCAAAAUGCCACAAGAACACUUCAUUGUUGCUCUGAAUUUUCUCAUGUUACGAAAUCUCAAAAUGGAAUAUCUAAAAUUGUACAAUAUUCAGAGCAAUGUGCAUAUUGUAGUUUCCGGAUAAGAGCGCCAAGGAAAUUGGAACAUCAGAAGCAGAGAUGUACAAUGAAAACUAAUAUAAGUAAACAUCGAUGGCGUAGAAAAUGGAAUUGCUGUUCUAAUGUACCAAACAGUCCGGAAGAUGCACCGGGUAAUACAUUACAUACUAUCUACAAUAAUCAACCUUCAAUCUCAUCAUCUGGUGCUGAAAUACAACAACCAAAUUAUGUACAAAUUGAAAUUCCUAUUGAAAGUUGUGCCAAUACUUUUACCACAAAUCAUCAUCAACAAAAUGAACGUCAUCAUAUAGAUAAUAAUGGUACUAAUAUGUAUCAAUCAACACAUGAGAACAUACAAAGCAUUUCAACAAUAUCUACAGUAGAAAAUGUUUCAGCUACAUGUAGUGGCAACAAUUUAGAUUCAAUAACAUCAUCAAAAAUUAAUAACAGUAAUAAUUCAAAUGGUAAACGAACUCGUUCGAAAUUAGUACGUCCAUGGCCUGUGAGACUCCGACAUGUUUUUCGUAUGAUAAAUCGCUACAGACGUCCACGAUGUCGAGGUGGUAGUAACACUGGCACGCCAAAACAAAAUCAAGUUCGUCCUUUAUCUGGGUCAAAUUCAAGCGACAAUAUACACGGAAGUAAUAAUGGUAAUAAUGAGUCAUUGCACUCUGUGCCGAAUGCACCGGCUCCAAAUCGACGAAAGCUUAAAAAUACGACAACGGAUUUACAGGACUUAGCUGACUCCUUAUCAAUUAUUCAACCAUCAAUGACAAUGCAAGUGCCAGCAAUGCAAAAUAUCCGACGACAAAGACGAAAAAAUGUUUUACGAAAUAAAAGUCCAACAUUAUCACCCAUACAUGAAUCAGGAUUUUCAAAUCCUGCAUCACCUCAAUUAGCAUGUCGUCAUGCAUGUUCUGGUAGUAUUCCAUCCAUUGCUAAUACUGCGUCACUUUGUGGAUCAAAUAAGUUAUUGAAUAAGAAUACAGAAAAUUAAAUCCAAUGUAGUGAAAAGUAUUUUUUGCGCUCCUUAUUUCUCUUAUAAUUUAAUUGAAAAGAAGAAUUGAUUUGAAAAGAAUCGAAGAAAAAUUUAUUUCUAGUAAGAAAGUGUCUGGAAAAAAUAAAUUAAGAAGAAAAGAUAAAAAUAAUAUAUUUAAUAGAGAGGAAAAUUGUUUGAAAAUGCG